GCCUAGUUGAUCAGUCCUGGGUUUGUGCCAUGGUCCUCCAGGUGCAUUACAUUUCCGCGCGAUGAGCGGAAAAUGGGUUUGCCAGCACCCGUCCUGUGGCUCCUCUGAAGCGCAGUUGGAGGAGCUUCGCCUGCGACGCCCGGACGGCUUCGAGCACGACGAGGAUCCCACGAUUCGAGUUUGCACAGUGUGCCGUCGCCUCCCCUUGCCCCGCAACGGAAAGAACGGCUCCUCCUUUGCUCCACACGCCGAGCCACCGUUGGACGCCAGCUUUCUGGCGGGGAUCAAGGAGGAGCUAGGGUCCAUCGAAGAGAAUGAGCAGAAUAUCCAGUCCUUGUCCCAGGUGUUCCGCUUCUAUGCUGGCAAUGCCAAGCAACUGGUCCAGCUGCUGGCUGACUUCAUCACCAAGCAGUGCUUCCCCUGGGAGUUGAUCCAUGCUCUGCACCUCUUGGAUGAUAUCCUGCUGAUGGAGAAAGGAAAGGAGAAAGGAAAGGAGAAAGGAAAGAAGAAAGGAAAGGAGAAAGGAAAGGAGAAAGGAAAGGAGAAAGGAAAGGAGAAAGGAAAGGAGAAAGGAAA